AGGAAGUAAAUGGUCGCCUCUUUUUUCUCUUGCAAAAAAGGAUCUUGCUUGAUGAAAAUCCGUGUGCAGAGAACUUGGUUAUUAUUCGGUGUGACGUUGUACCAAUGAAAGCAGUCGUUUAAUGUUGAAGCUGUCAAAAAUAAGUGUAAAAUGAAGAUCAAUGACAAAAACUUGGUCCUGUUUGCCACAUGCAACUCCCCUGUUGACAAAGAAGGCCACCUAAUGAAGAAGGGGGAGGUGAAUAAGGGUUAUCAGAAACGUUGGUUCAUUUUGAAGGGUAACCUACUCUUCUAUUUCGAAAAAAAGGGAGACAAAGAACCUAUUGGUGUCAUUGUACUAGAAGGGUGUACAGUGGAAUUAUUUGAGCAGCAGACCGAUGCGUAUACAUUUGCCAUCAAGUUUCCUGGCCCAGGAUGCCGGUCAUACAUUCUGGCUGCAGACAAUCAGGAGGAGAUGGAAACAUGGAUGAGAGCUAUAACUUGCGCUGGUUACGAAUACAUGAAGUUAAUGGUUGCAGAGCUGCAGCGGCAGUUAGAGGAGCACAACCAGCAGUUGCUUGACGAUGCCAAGUCCGAGGGAUUGUCUAAGACGGAAACAUUGCAAGCUAGUUAUGAAACACCAAGUCAGUCAUCAAAUGGUGAUGACUCUGCUCCCAAUCUAAUGAUCAGGACAAGUAAUCCCUCCAGAAGAUUCAAUCCAUUCAAUUCAUGUGUUGCUGAUACUCGUUCUAAAGGAAGUGCUGUCUUUCAUAUGACUGUAGAUGACGGUCCUGUUGCUGGUCCUUCAAAUGUCACUGCAAUGGCAACAACUAAUAGUGUGUUUUUUGAUGAUUCUGGACUCCUCAUGCAGCCCAAGUCCUUCGAGGAAAUGCAUGAGCUGUAUGGGAGGAAAAUAAAACUACGCAUGGCAGAAAGUAAACCAACAACUUUGUCAACUAGUGACGACCAAGAAAAUGUUUGAAGUCCAAUAGCACCUAUAGCAACAAUUCUUCCUUGAUUAUCGUAAUUGACAGUCAGUAAUUUUGGCUUAUCUUUCUAACACUUGUAAGCUAGUUUUGUAGAAAGACAUGUCAGAUAUCACUGUUCUUCGAUGUUGUUCCAAAGUCGAAAAUAAGAUGAAUAGACGUCUCUUGAAACAUCACAACCCUUCAUGCUAUAAAGAAUGAUUGUAGAUAUCAUACUGCCAACAAACACAUAAUGCCAUUAUUUUUGUCAACCACCUUCCCCCAGAUGAAAAGUGUUUGUUUUUUUGGCAUCAAUUAAGUUGUUUGUAUUUAAGUUACACUCUCAGAACUGUCUUCACGAAGAAAUUUGUGUAAAAUAUUUGUCGGUAAUCUGCGACAAGAACAAUCACUGUAAAGCUUGUAUAUAUUUCUAUUAGAUCCAUUCCUGGACACAGAUUAUUUUUGACCUAUAAAAAAACAAGAAUUCAGAACUCAA